AUGGGCUUCCUGUGGUUGCUGCUGCUGGCUGCCGCGGAGGCAGCAGCAGCAGCAGCAUUGAGGAAGCAGCAGCAGCAGCAGCCGCUGCUGCUGCGGAGUUUUCUUCCUGCUUCAAUUCUGAUAACGAAAUGGACUAGUACAGUGGAGCAAAAUAAGACUUCGGCAGCAGCAGCAGCAGCAGAAGCAGCAGCAGCAACAGCAGCAGGAAAGGAAGCAGCAGCGAGCAGCAGCAGCACCAUUCCUCCCCGAAAAGUGCCACAGUGA